GUUUACUGGCAAUGGACCUCCCUCCUGUUACUCAAACAUAAUUUUCACUGCUAGUUUUAGCACUGUUGCAUGUUUGUCCUGCCUCUGGUUGUGCCUGUGAGCUAUUCUAAGGCUCUCGUUUGCCGUCAGUGAUGGCAUCCACGUGCCUCUUUCGCCAGCUAAGGAAAAGCACCUCUAGAUUGCUAAAUGAAUCUACUCUCUCCCAGCACAGACAGCAGGCAAACAAACCAUCAGCUGCCUGCCCACUAUGUGAAACAAAGGAACUUGGACUUAUUGUUAUUUCAUAUUGAACUGUGGUAUCUAUCAAAGCAAAGAAUCCAUAGUCUGGCAUUCAGCUGAUGAGAAAUUAAAGAGGUGAGGAUCCACCCUGUUUCGGCAGCAGUAGAAGGCAGUGAGGUGGGAGCUCUCCGGUAGCUCCAGGACGUGUCUGAAAAUCAGCUCCCAAAUUAAUAAAGUAGCCUCAGUGCUUUCAGAUUCCCGGUCAGGCAUUGACUGGGUCUCCUGCAUUGCAGCGAACAAAGCUGGAAAAAUACGUAGCAAAGUCGAAAGCAUUCCAAUGUAAAUAAGUGGAGAAUGCCAAAAUAAAAGCAGGAGGAUGUCCCCAGCCACACGCCCAGGCACGCUCCUCUGUCCGAGUCUGCGCCUGUGCACCGAUACAUGUGUCAUGUAUCUGCAAUCUGAGGUUAAUUAAAAGCCUUUUAAGAAAGCCAUAUUAAAUGCAUACAGCCUGACUUUGAAAUCACAGCAGAAAGACCCAGCUGACAUUCCUACAGCGGACAAAUGUUUAUGAAGCACCCUGGGAUAAAUUCAAUGCACGCCACACAAUGUUUUAUUCCUUCAAGUAACUUUGAAAUGUGGGGAAAAUUACCACCAUUUUGCAUGUAAUUCAGCAAAUGUCCUGAUUAGACAGAAAUAUUUAGAGACAUCUCACCAGACUGGAAUAACUGCUCUCAGGAUUUAUGUUUGUGUGCAUGCCAGUGAGGACACACAUGAGUCUUGUCCUUCGGCGACCACCUCAGGGCCCUUCCUGCAGGUAGGAGGCAACUCCCGCUCUCUCAGGGGUCACGAAGUGGAGAACGUCCUGGGGGAAAGGCAGGCGAUAUACAUCAGCUUUAAUUCUCAAAUCUACUCGCAAUCCCAGGUGCAAUAGCUAAAAGCAAUGUAAGUUGUUGACGUGAAGCUCCAGAAUCCCCUACUGACAUGGAGGAGAAAAAAAAAAAAAAAAAGAAAAAUUAAUUAUUUCAAGACUUGUUCUGUGUAGUACGUGGGGCAAAAGUACCCCACAGCACUGGGACCUCUUGUUCAUUAUCCUGAAUUAUACCGGGAGGGCAUGGUUGUGUGAUGUGCUUUGUAUCCUGAAGCUGAGGAGCAGGUCAGCGUGGUGACAAUGCCAUCAGCUCUUUCAGCGCACGCUUCUGUCAGUUGGGAGUUGGUGUAGCCCUACGACGUGAGUGCUGCUCACGUCUGCUGUUGAACCUGUCUACCCGAUGUCUUUCCAAAGCACGGCAGAGGCGCACAGGGAGAAGACCCCCAUGGCUGUGGUCUGUGGUGCUGGCACCAGCUCGGAGCCAUCCGCAGGCUCCACUAGGAAACACAAACAGCAUUGUCCAGCCUUCCUAUGUACCCUAAGUCUUUCUAAAGCAGGAAGAGGCAAGCAGCGUUUUGCAAAGGCAAAGACGAGCCAACAGCUUCUUCGAAGAGAUAAAACUGGGGUCACUAGAGCGAGAAUGCAUGGAAGAAAAGUGUUCCUUCGAGGAAGCAAGAGAGAUUUACCAUGAUGAUGAAAGGACAAAAGAGUUCUGGCACAUCUAUUCCGACCCUAACCAGUGCGACUCCAACCCUUGUCAGAACGGCGGGAGUUGUGACGACCAGUUUCAGGAUUACGUGUGCCGCUGUCCCGCCGAAUAUGAGGGCAAAAGCUGUGAAAAAGCCAUGGCCGACAAACUGAAGUGCAUUUACGACAAUGGUGGCUGUGAACAGUACUGUGCUGACGAGCAGUCUGAAAAACGAGUGUGCUUCUGUGCAGAUGAUUACGCUUUAGCAAGUGAUGGCGUGUCCUGCAUUCCCCAAGUGAAAUACCCAUGUGGAAAAAUACCAGUGCUGGCAAAAAAAAAUGCAUCUGCACAGGGGAGAAUAGUAGGUGGUUUAAUCUGUCCUCCAGGUGAAUGCCCAUGGCAAGCCCUCAUAAUACAGAAUCGGAAAGAAAAGUGUGGCGGUACCCUGCUUUCCCCAGAGUGGGUGGUCACUGCAGCUCACUGUUUGGAGUAUACUCAUCCUAAGCAGCUUCGGGUGAGACUGGGUGAACACGCAAUAAAUUACGAUGAGAAAACCGAACAAGAAAGCAGAGUUGACAGGAUAAUCGUUCAUGAAGGAUACACGAAUGGACAAGUUGAUAACGAUAUUGCCCUCCUGAGCCUGGAAACACCUGUCAACCUCAGUGAUUAUGUGGUGCCAAUAUGUUUGCCUGAGAAACGGUUUGCAGUGUAUGAACUGUCCUCCAUCAAGUUCUCCACAGUGAGCGGAUGGGGACGCCUACUAGAUGGAGGUGUCACCUCUUCUGUUCUGAUGAGAGUUGAUUUGCCACGCGUAAAGACACAAGAUUGUGAAAAGGAGACAGAUUUAAAUAUUACAGAGAAUAUGUUCUGUGCAGGAGACCUGGCCGGUGUUAAAGACUCCUGCAAGGGAGACAGUGGUGGACCUCAUGCUACGAAGUACAAGAACACUUGGUUUCUGACUGGGAUUGUCAGCUGGGGAAAGGGCUGUGCUGUUAAAGGCAGCUAUGGCGUUUACACAAGGGUAUCUAAAUACAUUGACUGGCUGAAGAAGCACAUGGAUUAGUAAAGUUGAACCAGAGCGUUUCCAGAUCGUGUUAUUGCCCCCCAGUCCCUCUGUGCCAUUUUCCUAUUGAAACAUUCCUUCAUUAUCUGAGAUAUGUGAUACAUGUGAUACCCACACCACUAUUAAUGAUUGGAAAUGAGCCUAAUGCCUACUUGAAUAUAUAAAAUAAAUUCCCUAUCCAUACUGUUUGUAAA